AUCGCUCCUUGCUGCACUACCCUCCUCUAGACCUCCUUUCUCCAGCGGUUCCAGCGGAGUCGAGCGGCCGCCGCAACUUUUCCGCUGGCGUUCAUGUAGUCACGAAUCAAUGAACCUGGACCAGCUGCGGCAAAAGUCUGUUCACUUUGCUAGAAUGUACUAACGUUGCUUGUAACAUCCAAGCUUUAGGAAGUCCUGCGGUAUUGGAGCUUUAGGUGCGCCUGAUCCUUCGUCAAAUUCAAUGUAUGAGAUCAACGUGUGUCGUGAUUCACCAUGUGCUUGGCCCAUCAUGCGAUUGCGGGAGGAAUUUACUAUACAUCUACGUCUGACGCACCAUGGACAAGAACGAGCAAUCUAUGAAUAGCGAGGAAAUGGAAAGAGCGAUACUUCAACCUUAUUAUUACAUUGUCAGAAUUCCUGGAAAGCAAAUAAGAACCAAACUGGCAGAGGCCUUCAAUUAUUGGCUGAAAAUAUCCCCUGAAAAAUGUCAAGCUGUAACAGAGAUUGUUCAAAUGCUCCACAAUUCUAGUCUUCUGAUUGACGACAUUGAGGAUAACUCCUUGCUUCGAAGAGGUGUGCCUGUUGCACAUCACAUCUUUGGAGUGGCCAGCACCAUAAACUCUGCUAACUAUGUUUACUUCCUCAGCCUUGAGAAGUGUCUACAGCUAGGUGAUCCUCGGGCCACCACUGUUUUCACUGAACAGUGCCUGGAACUUCACCGCGGUCAAGGCAUGGAGAUAUACUGGAGGGACAAUUACAUCUGCCCUUCAGAGGAUGACUAUAUCACAAUGGUUAAACGAAAAACUGGAGGCCUUUUUGGACUAGCUGUACGGCUUAUGCAACUGUUCAGUGAAAACAAGAGUGAUUUCAGCGAAUUGAUUGGGACCUUGGGGCUGUACUUCCAGAUAAGGGAUGAUUAUGCCAACCUGGUCCUAAAAGAGUAUACAGAUAACAAGAGCUUUGCAGAGGAUCUCACAGAAGGGAAGUUUUCAUUUCCCAUUAUUCAUGCUAUCCAGAAGCACCCAGAAGACCCUCGGAUGAUGAGUAUCCUUGCUCCACAGGAGAAAAUGUUGGGCCAUUGGCCUUGGGCGAGUUGGCCCAUAGCUACACAAGUAGGAGCAGCACCGGAAAAACAUGUGCCAGGGAGAGCUGGAAAAGAUGACAUAGUAAAGAAGCGAACCAAAGACUUGGAGAUCAAGAAGUAUGCUGUGGAUGUCCUUGAGAAGUUGGGAUCGUUUGCCUACACCAAGGAGGUCUUAAAGAAACUGGAUGCAGAAGCACGGAGGGAAGCUGAAAAGCUUGGAGGCAAUCCUUAUAUAGUUCAAGUUCUUGAUGAGCUGAAGAACUGGUGAAGGUCAUUUCAGCCGAGUGUACAUCUGUGUACAUUCUGUGUACAUCUUUGACAUCAUCACCUUACACACUCUGCACUCGAGUCUCACCAAACUCUUGUCUUCAAAGUACUAUGCAUGCACACAGGUGACAUUAAUGCAGCAUCUGCUGUGUGUAAACAUUCAAAUCAUCCAAAUACUAGUCUGUGCACCUACAUCUAUGCACUAGAAGGUGCCAUCUUUAUUGUUUACUAUGAAGCAGCUUACAGCCAUUUAAUGAAAUAUUAAAAUGAUUUAGAUAUGCCACAUUCAACCAUUAAUAGGGCUCCAUUGCACACUUGUAGUGUCAUAGGAACAGAUGACUUCUCAAUGCAUUGCUAAUUAUCUGCCAAAAAGCAAAAUGCAAUGUAGUUGUCUAGAAAGGUUGCUUUAAUUUUUGUUUCUUUUGUGUAUCCCAAAGGGGGGCGGAGCACAGAUUUCAAGUGAAUUCACCCAUUUUUGAAAUGGAUACUGUUGUUAUUUUAGUCUUUAUUAUUUUUUAUUGUUACUUGGAAAUAAAAAUGCAACUGUGUUGCUACAUUUUUAUACAUAAAGUCUCUCGUGCAUGGUGUAAAAUGCAAUGAAGCACCUGCCAAUUGAGCAUAUGGCUGAGAGUCCAUCUGCAAAGUGCAUGACACCCUGUAGCAUGGGCUCUGUACAGUGGAGAGGGUGGGGUGCCAUGGAGCAGCACCAACCAGUAGUGCUGGUGGCAAACACCCACUAGCACCAGCAUGCUUCUGCAACGCCUUUGUCAAAGUUGUUGCUUAGUUUUUCCUUUAUGCAACUUACAAUGAUGAUGCAACUUACAAAGUAUUUCUCAGUCUCUUCAACAACAAAGUGCAAAUUUUUUGGUUUCAUUUUCAAUAACUUUUUAAAUGAUCAUUUAUCAUGGAAGGAAAAAUAUGGAACAGUUGGCAUGCACAGGUAUGCAGGAAAAAAUACAUAUGUACAAAGAAAGUAAUUAAGAGAAAGAUGCAUAGCACCAACAGGCUUCUUCUAAAAAGUAAAUUGCUUCAGAGGACCAGAUAUAUAAAGCUGCAAGUGGGGAGACAAACUCAUAGUUGGAAUGGAAUGCAGCGUUGUGCAAGGUUGUACCAGGCAGCCAUUUUGCUUUGUAACCGGGUGUACAUGAAUUAAACGAAUUCCACACAUCUGUGUGCUACCAGCAAUAUUGUCAUUAUUGUGUGAAGACUUUGCUUUGAAACAACUUUUUGGCACAGUGAAGUGACUUAGGCAGCACAGCCACGCUAUGCUGAAAGGUGCACAAUGUCUCGGCAAUGUAUUUGAGAUGGAGAUUAAAAUAUCAAGCAUGGCAGUGCCUGGCCACUAUGUAGCAGGUGUAUGUGGUGCGAAUGCUUACAUCUUGCACUUAAAGCUAAUCCUGCAUUUAAAUCUUACUUCAAUCUCCUCUCCACUGUGGCAUACUGCCAAUUUUUGGCAUGUGGGGAAGCUAUAACUUUAAAAAGUAUUUGUAGUCCUUGUGCGUUUUGCACUUUCAACAGCCCAUGUGUUGUUAUUCAAAGAAUUUUUGGAAUUUUAACUUUUUAGUGGAUGUUAAGGCAAUAGCAUCUUAACCCACCUCUUUUGUCUAUGCAUUUGUAUAACAAACGAGGUAUAACAAACUGGUCUGUAGUUAACAGAUUCACUUUAGCCCAUCGUUUUUCUUCUGCAAGACAGUGGCCACAUUGUUUGUAGUUUGAACGAAAGACCUUUUCUGGAUAUGCAAUGUUUCCAUUGGUGGCAAGUCACAUAAAUGCUGGUUGCCACAAUGCAAUCGGUUUGCAACAGUUCCACCACUGGCCUUGCACUCUUUAUGUUCAUGUGCUUACUUGUGAUAAAGUGCUCCACCAGCUCAUCACUAAAAAGCUUGCUGCUAAAUGCAAGUGGGAAACCACUUCACACAUAUACUACUAUCCAAAGGGAAACAAUGUGGCUCUGAGAUUAAAGUGCACUGCUGUGUCA